GAUUUUUUUUUUUUUUUUUUAACAUUCAUUUCAUAAACAUAAGUCGACAGAUGUUUUCUUUCAUAAAGUUCAAGCAACUGUGUACAGGCGGUUCUUCAGGCUGCCAUUGCCGGAAGCAUGGCGUGGUCUUCGUGAUGAUGAACUGACAAGGGUGGCCGAAAUUCCAGAUUGUGUAUUUGUGCACCCAUCGGGUUUUAUUGGUGGUAACAUCUCGAAAGAGGGUGCUCUUCAAAUGGCUAGAAAGUCCAUGCAUCUUGCUGGACUGUAUAAAGGUUGAUU